CAAAUAUCUACGAGAAGUUGUCAGCCCCCCCAUUCUUGGUUUAGAACCUCUGUCCUACUUUAAGUUAUCAAGAAACAGAUGAUUUGUCAAACGCACACAUCCCCCCUUUUUUUUCAUGGCUAUCAUCACCACCAUAUGCUCAUCAUCCACAACCAUAUUCUCAGCUAUCCCAUCUCUCAAACAUCCCCUCUCUCAUCAAUCACCACCACCAACCUCUUCUCCUCCCUCCUUUAAGCUUGGUGUAUCUUCAAUCUCCAAUGAAGCAGAACUCGACAUUGAAAAUGCAACCGAGGCUGUGGCAUUGAGUUCUUGGACUGGAGGGGAGGUUUUGUUUGAUGGAGAAAGCGAUAAUGGUGGUCUAAAAGCGAGGAGGAGGAAGAGGAGGAAAAGAAGAAAAGGGCUUGCACAGUCUUUGGUUGUAGAUGAUGGGGAGAGGGAUGUUGGUCAUGAAUACAGGAGAGUGAUUCUUGAGUCUGUGAAGAGAGGGUACUUGAGCCCAAAAGAGGAAGCAGAGUUUUCCAUGUGUCUCAAGCAUGAAGCAAGAAUAGAAGCAGCAAGAAGAAGAAUUGGAGAUGUUCAAGAGCUUGAUCCAACAUCAAAGCAGUUGGCCAAGGCCCUACGGAUGGAAAAGAAUACUGUAGAUAAUGUAUUGUGUAAGGGAAGAGAAUCACGAGAAAAGAUAAUUCGCAGCUACCGCAGGCUUGUUGUCUCCAUUGCCACAAGUUAUCAGGACAAAGGAUUGAGCCUACAAGACCUUAUUCAGGAAGGGAGCAUUGGCCUCCUUCGAGGGGCAGAGAGAUUUGAUCCACAGAGAGGAUAUAAGCUAUCAACAUAUGUUUACUGGUGGAUUAAAGAAGCCAUCCUUACAGCAAUAUCAAACAACACUAGAAUGGUUAGAUUACCGAGAAGAUGGUGGAUGCUGGUGGCAAAAAUUGCAGGAGCUAACAAUGAUUUGAGUAACAAAUUAAGGCGGUCACCAUCCUAUGAUGAGAUUGCCGAAGUGCUCAACAUGAAAGUUUCCACGGUGAGGCUUGGUUUUGAGAGGGGUAGAUCCCCAAUUUCAUUGGAUCAAGCAGUAUUGGGUCAAAAUAGCUUGACACUCCAGGCAGAUAAGCAGUUGGAUUUUGUACUGAAAUAUGAGGGAACACCUCCCCCAUUUAAAGGCUACCUGCAAAAAUGAAAAGGGACAUGACAAAUUUUAUGAGGCUCUUGAAUUUACGAGACCGAUCCUUUUGUGAAGUCAGGGCAAGUGUUGGCUUCAAACAAAUCUUGAACAUGGCUCAACCCAUAAACGAUAUUACUACUGAAAAAUGUCAAAUGCAUUCCAUGCAGAGCAUGCUUGAUUUGAGAUGAUUCCUUAUUCUAGGAAACAUGCCUAGAAUCCUGAUAGGUUUGCUAAAAACUCACUUCAGUCUGGGAUCUGCAGUCACAGGAGACAAUAAGAAUCUGUUUUAUACAAUAAACUAAUCUUAAAUUCAAUUGACUUAUGUGGCAGGAGAUCAUUCCAGGGCCGGAUGAAACAAUACCUGAAAACAUGGUUAAAAGAGAGUUGUUGAAGCAAGAGUUGGAGAAACUAUUCCAGACAGUGCUUACAGAAAGAGAAGCACAUAUACUGAGAUUACACUUCGGGCUAAAUGGACAGACGCCGCAGUCCUGUGAGGAAAUAGGAAGACUCGUGAAGCUGUCAAGGGAGAGGGUUCGACAGAUUAUUUGCACUGCACUAUCAAAAUUAAGACAUAAAAGAAUAGUGGAGCCUUUGAAGGCAUACGCUGUAUAGAAGAGUCCAUUUUUCAAAAGUAGAACCUGUGAAGAUAAAUUUGAAAGAGCAAAGGCAGAAAGAUUUGUGCAUUUUUUUUCCAUGUAUUAAAUAUUUAAGCAAAUAUCUGCUAGGAACGAGACAUAUGACUGUUCAUAUUCUUUCAAUGACAUGAUCAUUUACCAUUAGAGAUGAAAUGUAACUGUAUAUCAUGUCGACUGUCUCAUAUAUGGGAGAUUAAGCUAGAUUUCCUCCUUUC